GCCACCUCGAUCACCAUCAACAGCGUACUGCAGCGCACACCUCAGUCAAGACUUUCUCAGAGGGCCCUGUGCCAUGCUCUUGUUGAUAUGGAGGAUCCCGUCGAAUUUCCCCUCGCAAAGAGACAGCGACGUGAAGAUGCUGUCGCCGAGAGAAAGCAUCCAACGAGUUCGCGACUGUUUUCUCCGUUCAGAACGUUAGGUUUGGUUUCUCCGACCAGUGUCCCCUUCACUUCCGUCUCCCUGGGAAAGACGACCUUCCAGAUCACCACAUCCGUCGGCAAUGCCCUGCAAACGUACGACCUGCGCAGAGGUCUGAACCUCGUUUUCCUCAGUCGUCCACAAUGUCCCCGUCCGAUUACCGCCACAUACGCAUACCGCGAUCGAGUCUUUGUCGCUUGGGGCGGAUCGCAGCCCGACGCUCCGAGAGGCGUCUGGGUAUUCAAGCGCGGGAGAUUGGUUGGAGAACUGGAUCUGGGCGAUACCCAUCCUCAAGAGGUUGGACAGAUACUGGUGCUUGGAUCGUGGGUUGUGGGUUGUGGAAAAGAAGCCAUAGAGGUCUGGAAAACCGACUCUUACGAACAUUAUACUACAAUUCUGCCAUCCACACCGCCUGCCACCAGCAAUUCUCGGGCAGUUUUCUCGGGUCAGAUCUGUACGCUGCCAACACUUCUCAACAAGGUCCUUGUAGGGAGAAGAGAUGGCCUCAUUGAAGUUUACAAUGUCAGCACCGGAAGGUUGGUUCAUACAGUCCUUGCACCAUCUGCCAGCUCUGGCUCGGUGACUGCGCUUGCACCAGCCCCGGCCUUAUGUCUGCUAGCGGUCGCCUACGCGGAUGGCUCUUUGAUCAUCCUCGACGUCGAAUCGGAUGAAGAAGUUUUACAAUUGCGUCAAAAGAACACUAGGAAGCCCAUCACCUCAAUUAGCUUCCGCAGCGAUGGCAUGGGGGCAGGCGAAGAUGGUCGCAUACCGGGCGUCAUGGCCACCUCGAGCAUUGAGAGCGGAGAUAUAACACUAUGGGACCUCAACCGAGGUGGCAAGGUGGCCGGAGUAGUUCGAGGAGCCCACGAAAUUUCUGCCGUUGGUCAAGCGACAGGGGUCAACAAGGUCGAAUUCCUGCCCGGACAGCCCGUACUGGUCUCCUCUGGCUUGGACAAUGCUUUGAGAUCCUGGGUGUUCGACGAAAGCCCUUUCUCCUCUACUCCACGGCCCCUGCACUCACGGAGCGGACACGCUGCUUCCAUUAACAAGCUCAAAUUCCUGCCCGCUUCAUCGGAUGGAUCAGACGCAGCAGGUAAAUGGCUCCUCUCUGCCAGUCGGGAUCGAAGUCUGUGGGGGUUCAGCCUGCGGCGAGACGGACAGAGCACUGAGCUAAGCCAAGGCGACGUCAAGCACAAGGCUCGAAAGACCGGGCUUCUCUCUGAUGAUGUUGCUGGAGUGGAAGAGUUCAAAGCUCCACCAAUCAUCGACAUGGCUUGUUCUUUGAAUCGAGAUGGCGGAAUGGGUGCGGUAGGUGGUCCCGUGUGGUCCAACGCAAAGAAUGCAAGUGCCGAAGAAACCAGCGCGACUGGUUGGGAGAGCAUCAUCACGGCUCAUGCUGACGACCGCUUCGCAAGGACGUGGUCUUGGGGCAGGAAGAAGGCAGGCAGAUGGUCAUUCGAGACGGGUGAUCACAAGCCCGUGACAAGCGUUGCCAUCACUGCUUGUGGAACCUUUGCUAUAAUCGGUUCCGCUGGUGGCAACUUGGACAUGUUCAACUUGCAAUCCGGUGUCCAUCGUCAACGAUAUCCUCCUCGCCUGACCCCUGCUCAGCUCAAACAGUUCAAACAACAAGCUCAAUCGGAAGAGAACGUGUCUGUCCCGCAAGGUCACCGCGAUUCGAUCACUGGUAUCGUUGUUGACAACCUCAAUCGCACGAUGGUGUCCACCAGUCUCGAUGGAUCUAUUAUUUUCUGGGAAUUCUCAACAGGAAAAAUCCUUGAGAGACGUAUUGACACUGAUGCCAUCCCUACAGCAACCCGGUACAACCCGGUGUCCGGUUUGUUGGCAUUGUCUUGCGACGACCUGUGCAUCCGUAUUCUCGACAUUGAGACGCGAAAAAUCGUCCGCGAAUUAUGGGGUUGUGUCGGCUCAAUCUACGACUACUGUUUCUCGCAUGAUGGUCGCUGGAUCGUCGCUUGCUCAAUGGAUUCGGUCAUUCGAGUCUUCGACCUAGCGACAGGCCAUCUGAUCGAUGCUCUCAAAACAGCAACAUGUACGAGCAUCGCCUUCUCCCACACCGGCGAAUUUCUAGCCACAACACACGCCGGGAGCGCCGGCAUACAUAUCUGGACCAACAAGGCUCUAUUUGCGCACAUAUCGACACGGCAAAUUGACGACGUCAGAGGAGUCAUCGACCUCACCGAGACCGCUGUGUUCCAAGCCGCCAGCCACCUGGCCAUUACAGAGACCGGGGAGUCGAUGGACGACGAACAGGUCGACGGCCUCGACACCACUUCCGCCAUGGACCAACUAGACCAACGUCUCUUGACCCUCUCCAUCGUCCCUCAAUCACGCUGGCAAACACUGCUCAACCUCGACAGCAUCCGCGAGCGAAACAAGCCCAUCCAGCCGCCCGAGAAGCCCAAGGCUGCGCCCUUCUUCCUCGGAUCGGCUCUGACCAACACCUCCACCAAAGGCGCGGAUCCAUCCUCAAACAUGACCGCAGACACCGACGGGAUGAUCGAAGACGCCGAGCGUUCCCGCAUCUCUCGUCUCGCCUUGUCCUCCUCGAGGGCGUCACAGUCACAUUCCCAACUCUCCUCCCUGCUCGAAACAUUCACGCCAUCACCUUCCGCAACAGACCCAUCCGCACUAUCCGAAUACUUGACCACUCUUCCCCCCUCCGCCGCAGACCUGGAGAUCCGCAGCUUGACGCUCCCGGAGAUGCCGCUGUUCGUGCGCGCCUUGACGGCGCAGCUCAAAUCGCGCCGCAGUUUCGAGCUGGUGAAUACGUGGAUGAGCGUGUUCCUCAAGAUCCACGGCGAUUUUGUCGCCGACGUGCCCGAUCUUAGCGAUGCCGUGCGUGGGUGGAGAGCCGUCAUGCAGGCAGAGGAGGAGAGAUUGAGCCGUCUUGUCGGGUACACGAGGGGUAUUGUCGAUUUUUUGAGAAGUGCCAGGUAAAGUCGGUUGGGCACGUGAUAGAGGUUCACAAGGCCAUUAGUACAAUCAUUGAUGACCAAGCCCGCUCGGUUUGCCAGUGUCCCGGUUUGUAAAAAGGCUCGUCUGAUGUGUGGCCGUAGGAUGCUGUGCAGCGCUGCAACUCGAGUAGUAGAUCUUGUUUUUGCUAGCUUCGUGAUGCUUUGGAAGCACAGCGACGAACC